GUCUUGUCUCUUUAUCUUCACAAUCUCCCUCUAUAUCUGCAACACUCUGCAUAAAAACGAUAAAAUACAUCGAAAUCCGCAAAAACACAAAACCUAAUCCUCCGCCGCCGCCACUUCGAGAAACCUCAAAACAAUGGCCAAGAAGAAAGCAACGCGUAACAGUAACGCUACCGUCAACGUCAACGUUAACGUUAACGAUAAUACUCCACAGAACCACGACGAGAAAGCUACGAAACUUAGCCGGCAGUCUUCCAUGGAAGAAGACCACUCGGAGGAGAAGGUGGGGCACCUGAAGUCUCUCAACGCGAUGCUCCUCAAACAGACGGUGGAGAAGCGGCAGCAGAUCGACUCGCUGGAGACGGAGCUGGCUCGCGGCGGAUCGGAGAGAGGAGAGCUGCGGAGGGAGCUGGAUCAGGUCGGCGACGAGAAUCUGGGGCUGAGGAUGGAGCUGGGGAUUGUUAUGGAUUUCGUCGGGUGUCGGUUUAGGGAGAUUGGGGUUGGAGUGAGGGAGAGGGAUGACGAGAUUAGGGCUUUGAAAGGGGAAAGGGAUAUGGAGCGUGGGGAGGUGAGGAGGUUGGAGGAGAGUGUGGCUGUGAUGGCGGAGAAAGAAGCGAGUUUGGAGAUGGUGAUUGAGGGGUUGAAAGGUGAGAAGGAGAAGAGGAGGAUGGGAGAAGAGAUAGUAAACAAGGCUAGGGAAGAGAUUGAUGAGUUGAAGAGAGAAAUGAAAGUGCUUUUGGGUGUUAAGAAUGAGAUGGAGAUUGUAAAGAGUGAUCAGAGAGGGGAGAUUGAUGAGUUGGAGAGAAAGUUAGGGAGGUUGAAUGAUACUGUGGAGAGUUUGAGGAAGGAAGAGAAGGUUUUGAGGGAUAUGGUUGUUGGGUUGGAGAAGGAUCUUGAUGAGUCUAUUGAGAAAGAGAGGGGAAUGAUGGUGAAGAUUGAUGCAAUAGGGAAAGAGAAGAUGGUUAAAGAAUCUGAGCUUGAGAGGUUGAUGGUGGAGAAGAGUUCAGUUGAGAAACAGGUGGAGAUAGUCAAUGAGCAGUGCUCGGAUAAGGAGAAGUUGAUUGACAAGUUGUCUCGGGAGCUUGAGGAGCGUGUCUUUAGUGGGGAGGCAAAGCGUGUUGAGUUGAAUAGAAAGGUUGAUGAGCUAGAGCGUGCCGUUGCUGCGCUGCAAAAGGAACGUACCGAGACCAAUGAGAAGCUUAGCUGCAAAGUUAGAGAGAUAAGGGAUGCGCUUGAGCAGGUUGAGCUCGAGAGAGAGAGAGCUGAUAAGGCACUUGAUGAGGAGAAGAGACAUGGAGAGGAUCUCAAGGCGGACGUUUCGAAAUCAGAGAAGAUGAUUGAGACAACUCUAGAAGAGCUUGAGAAAGUUAAGACUGAACGGGAGAGCUUAUCUACAGCGAGGGAUGAUUUGGAGAAACAAUCCAAAUCAUUGAGAAGCGAAAAGGCUAUCCUCGAAAAGGAGCUUCUAGAGCGCACAAAGGCUAUCGAUGCUCUGAAAAAGGAAGUAGAGUCCGCUGGAAUGGAUGCAGAACGCAGCUUGGUGAUGAUGCUAAAGAGUGCCGCAUCCGCAGUGUCACAAUCGGAUAGCAAGCAAGAAACUGCUACAGCAUCAUAUGCCUCGGAGCUAGAAUCAAUAGGGAAAGCGUUCAAAAACAAAGAGAACAUAAUCGAGGAGAUGAAGAAAGAAGCCGAGUCAAUGAAGCAAUCAACAGAAGAGGCAAACAAGAAGAAGAGCUUCUGGACAGUUGUUUCCUCUGUAACAACCAUUUUUGCUGCUGCAUCCUUUGCCUAUGCCUCUAGGACUCGUUAAAAGCACACCUCAACACACCCCUUUGGUUAUAGCAUCUCACUAAGAGCUGUCUACGUUUUGCCUUUCAAAUAAUGUUUGUUGUUUAGGACUCAGCAGCAAGACAACGACUCUAAUAUGAUAUUUAAUAUAAUAAUCUUUCUCCUGA